GGCAACGGCGGCGAUGGGUGCUGUGGGCUGAUUGGUAAAGAUGGAAAGAGGGAGAGGAGGAGGAGGAAGGAACCUGGGAGGCUCUGGCCUGCACAGGAGCAUUUAUUCCCAGUCCCAGCAGCAGUACCAUUACCCGGCCUCCUCCCAGGGGGGCUGCAUGGAGAUCCAGGAGCUGGCCUCCAAGAGGGUGGACAUCCAGAAGAAGCGCUUUUAUCUGGAUGUGAAACAGAGCUCCCGAGGCCGUUUUCUGAAGAUCGCUGAGGUCUGGAUAGGAAGAGGCAGGCAGGACAAUAUCAGGAAAAGCAAGCUGACCCUCUCCUUGUCCGUGGCUGCUGAGCUGAAGGACUGCCUUGGGGACUUCAUCGAGCAUUAUGCCCACUUAGGCCUGAAAAGUGGUCACCGGCACGAGCACAGCAAUGGCAAAGAGCAGCAUCCCCGGAGGCGGCAGCAGCACCCGCCACCUUCGCCUCCAGUGUCUGUUUGCUCUGAAGAGCACCCUCACAGCGUCCUCAAAACAGAGUACAUCGAGAGGGACAACAGGAAGUAUUACCUGGACCUGAAGGAGAACCAGCGAGGGCGCUUCUUGCGGAUUAGACAAACCAUGAGCAGAGGACCUGGCAUGAUGGGUUAUUUUGGCCACAGCUUGGGACAGGAGCAGACGAUCGUUCUGCCAGCACAAGGGAUGAUUGAGUUCAGGGAUGCUUUGGUCCAGCUGAUAGAAGAAUAUGGCGAGGGGGACAUAGAGGAUCGCCGGGGUGGAGGUGAUGAGCCUCCAGAGCUCCCCGAGGGCACCUCCUUCCGAGUGGACAACAAGCGCUUCUACUUCGACGUGGGAUCCAACAGGUACGGCAUUUUCCUGAAGGUGAUUCUCCCUUUAGGUAAAACCACCCAUAGCAGAUACAGCAAGCAAGCUUUUGGCUUCAUGUCAAGAAUUCCCAUCCACUUCAGGUUCUUUUUCAACUCUGGGAGAGAUGUUCUCGCCCCACCGCUUCAACUGAUAUCGGAGCGUGACGGAUCAGCUGGGAGUUGCAGGAGGUGCUGGUUCAUCAUUGCUCUUAGGGCUUUGGUCCCAAUGGUUUUAACAGGUCAAUUGCAAACAAAAUCAACAUUAAAAUAACUCUACAUCCCAUUAUUGAUGUGAAACCAGAAUUUAGUGAAUGAGUCCUUGUUGCGCACAUUAGCGUAUCGCUAACUGCUGCUGCCUGUCACAGUGCCUGGAGUUAAAAAUUAACUUACAUUCCAACAAACUGGAGCUAUGAAUGUACAAACCUUUUCCAUCCUCCUUUCCGCUCCUACCUGGCAUUCUUCCCCUACAAGGUUAACAUCUCCCCAUCCCAGCCUACUUUUCUCCCAAGGGAUCAUAGAAGCUCCUACGUUGGAAUUAGAGUGAUUGUGUUGUGUCAUAAGUGAUCAUGCCUUCGCUGUGUUCCUUUAGCAUCAGUGAGGAAAAUACUUGGGAUAUAUUGGGCAAAGUGAUUGGAAAGGGAUAUUUUCUUCACCAUUUUAAAAGAAGAAAGAUGUGACAUGGCUUUGCUUGUCUGCCUAUUUUUUAAAAAGAACAUUUAUCUUUUGUUAAUGGAUUGGUCUUCCAAUAGUAUUAUUUAGAUAUCACCCAGAAUUCAGUGUCUGCUGGCUAUGGGUCAGACUCAGUUUUGGCACGCAGGUAUCCCAUAUGAUCCACUAAUAAAUUGACUCUUCAGGCAUGGGAUGCACUUUAGUAUCCAAAACUGGAUCAGGAUCUUCAUGUUUGUAGCCAGUUCCCCGUGGAUAAACUACUAGCCAUGGGUGUCCACCACAAUGGAAAUUGCCAGUGUUUGCAGAUGGAGGGUAAUACAUGCUCACUGGAAAUGUUGCAAUGCAAGACUUUAAUGGUGAGAUUCAUGAAUGGGUCCCUUAUUAUUUUUGGCAGCGUGUCUUCAGCUUAGGAGAGCAGUGAUCAUGUGGACUGCUCAUGCACAGGAAUGCCCAUGAAUCGGCUCAGGAAUGCCGAAUCCCUAAUGCAUUUUAAAUGUUCAUUCCUGAUGCCCUGAAACUGCCGUGUCCCUUAAACUUGAGAAAAUACAAAGCUUAUUUGCACUAGAAAGAACGGCCAAAAACAAUCCUUAGGAGGACAGGGUGAAGAGCACCAGUCUGAACCUCGGUUGCUUUUUUUUUCUCAUGAGAGAAUUUCCUGUUCAAGCCCUCACCUCUGUCUCAAAAUUGUAUGGUCCCAGCAGAAAGUCUGUCAGUUCAAUAAUGAAAUUGUAAAGCACUUUAUAUUGUGUAAAUAAUAGGAGGAGCACAUUUCUGCUCCUGCUCUGGUAAGGGGAUGCUUCAGUAAUGUAAUCUAAGGCUGGAAGAAGCCGUCUCCUGCAUGCAUGUGUCUGUAAGAGACCUAUUGUACUUGCUUGGUCCAGCUCCACUCAUAUGUUAGAGGAGGAUGGUUGCUAUAUUGAGAGUGGGUUGACUUAUAGUGUUUGCAGAGCUGCUGAGUAUCCUCAGCUCCUCACCCUUUCUGCAAAUCAGGCUGCCAAUGUUGCUGCCGAGGCUUAAAACCAAGGUUUUUCACCUAUAGUCUUGGCAAAGCUGAGUCCAGCAGCUCCCUUGGGCUUGGUUUUUCCCACUGCUGGCACAGAAGAUGGGGCAGUAACUAAAAGCUUAUACUGGGUGGAAGUGGCUGCCCCGCAUGAGUUGUGUUGAGUUUUGUCCAUUAAGCUGGCUUUCUAGAUCAAGUAGAGGCAGGGGUGUGCUAGUGAAGGGUUCGGGAAUGUUUUUGCACUGGUGCGGUGAGGGUGACCCACUGAGUGCUCCGAAGGAGAUGGCAGAACCCACUGUGGUAGGUUCAUCACAUCAAGUCUGGAUGACGGACUCUACCCAGCAAGAAGCUGCAGCAGUUAUUGGUAAUCUACUUGUUGUCGUUAAGUGUUUCGUAUCUGUAUCCGAUAUAUACAAAUUCAUGUCCAUAUAUAGACAUUAAUAUAUUUAUGUGAGUAUGUUGUAGCCUGUAGUUGCUUGUAGCAAAAUAAUCUUGUUUAUCUGAAGUACACAGUCUAAAGAGAGAGUAGUUUUCUCCUACUACUGGUCUGCAUAAACACAUGAUUUCAUGGAGAGCUGGUUGCACAUUGUUUUGUAGAAUCACAGAUUGGUUUGGGUCAAAAGGGACUUUAAAGCUCAUCCAGUUCCAACCCCCUGCCAUAAGCAGGGACACCUUCCACUAGACCAGGUUACUCAAAGCCCUGUGUUUGUGUGGACCUUGUAAGUUUUAUGUGCCUUGUAAGCACUCAUACCUUAGGUUUUUGGCAAGGCUGCAAGGGAAAAAGUAGCCAAAAGAAGGCAAAACUCUUCCUUGCAGGCAUCAUUGAGGUGGGAUGGGAGGUGUAAGGAAGAGGCAGCUGCAGGUACUGCCAGUCACAUCAUGUUUCAAUGCUAUUUUGCAACCCCUAGCUCUGCGAAUCUGCGCUACCACAUUCAUAAAAUCCCAGGUAGAAGCAUUGAAAACCUGUCCUUUAUUAAAAAAAAAAAAUGCAAGCAAUUACCAAAUUCAGUGUCAGCACACCUUUUUUUUCUGCUAAAGGUGUCAUUGUCUAAUGAUUUUAUAUUUUUUUUUCCCCUGUGGCCUGUUGAAGUGACCUAAGCUCACAGUGAAGGGAGUUGGUAGUGGUUAGGAAGCCUACUCUUCACUUGACUUGCAGCCCUUUUGUCUGAGCAUAGUAAUUUUUAUAACAGAAAGAGGUUUAUUAUUAUGUAUUUUUAUUGGGCAGAUUUUUGCACCAGGUGGAAAAUUAAUUAAGAAGUUGUUUUAGUUCUAUGGCGUUCCUACUUUUGCUGUACAUACAGUAUAUAUAUACAA